AUGGCGUUUUGGUUGGAAUGGCAGAAGAAGCUUUCUGGUCUCAAGAUCGCACAGCUUCCGUGGGAUCCUCCUCCAGUUCCUGCUGUUAAAGAACAAAGCACGGUUCCCAGCAACGCGAAACCAGCGCCUCAAACGCUCCCAAGCAAUGGAACCGCUGUCGACACCCCUCCAUCCCAACAGGCCACCCCUUCAGCGCCCCCCAUCAAGAUAGAAAAUGGUGCUCCCUCAUUUUCUUACCAGGAAGGCCCCCCUCGCCCUCAACCUUAUCAGGCACCUUCCUUCCAGCAGGGUCAACCCUUGACAGCCCGCGAUCGAGCGGCAAUGAAUCUCCACCAGAGUUUUGGUCAACGUGCUGGCCCACAGAUCGCACAACUUCAGUCCGGCAAUCCACCUCGUGUACCCAUGCAACCAUCCGCAGCGCCUUCGAGCAAUUACAUCAAGCAGGAAGACUCUAAUUCUGCGUUCGCCGAUGUCCAGGAUUAUACCACUGAUAUCAAACCUCAGCCCCAAGCUGCUGUCAAUGCAAGUCAGACUGAUGGACCGUGCGAUGCGCGUGACGACUGGGAAACUGAGUACACUCAGCGGAAAGCAUUCAUCGCUGCUCACGGUGCUGAAGCUGAUCAUCUGAUGCGCGCUCACUUCCAGGCGAGGCAACAGCAACUCGAAGGUGGCGGUCUUCUGGUGGCCCUCGAUGAACGUACGAUUCCAGGCAGAGCCAUCGCUCGAGGCCUCGAGGCCACUGUUCAGUCGGGGGUCACACCUCAUGGAAAGAGCAUCAGCCGCGCACAAGGCGAUGCAGCAGGCGAUGAUGAUGAUGUGGAUGACGAUGAGGAUGCCAUCAACUCCGAUCUGGACGAUCCUGACGAUGUGGCCGCAAAUGACGAGAAUGGCGAGAAUACCGAUCAAGUCAUGCUCUGUACCUACGAUAAGGUUCAGCGGGUCAAGAAUAAGUGGAAGUGCACUCUGAAGGACGGUAUCUUGAGGGUUGAGGGCAAUGAGUACGUUUUCCACAAGGGUCAAGGCGAAUUCGAAUGGUAA